CCCUCUGCGAGAACUUGUACUGGCACUCGAAUAAAAUAGAGGUCAAAUCAACUCACGAUGAUCCCAAACUCUGUUUCUGCACUCAAGUCAAGACGUCGCGCAAGCAUUGCGACACUUCCUCCAGAACUUUGGGAGAUCAUUUUUGAUCAUGCCACCUAUGUCCCCAGCAUUUUCAUCCCCGAGAUUUACGAACAUUCGGGCUCUCUUGGAUCCCAUUUCAAUCGUGACCACCAUCCUCUCAUCAGACAGGCCUUAGUGACCAAGCGUUACCUCGUUCGCGUCUGCAAAAAAUGGUGGCACCUGGCCACGCCGUUUCUUUACAGAUCUAUCUUCAUCGGUCGAGGUCGAUGUCUAUUAUCGCUCGCCAGCGCACUUGCAUUAUCGGCUUGCGGAAAAGGCGUGCUUCUGGGUGAACGGUCUCUGGGCUCUUAUACCGAGAGGCUAGAUAUCGCGAUGCGCGACAAGAGUCAGGCUCAUGGGGACGCAGAUCUUGACUUGCUCGCAGAAGUCAUCUUGUGUCUCCCAAAUCUCGCCAUUGUAUCAGUUGCUGUCACUCCAUCUCAGUAUCGCUCUUUGUCCAUGCCUGACACUGUAAUGGAUGCUCUUACUGAUGUCGCCCCUAGUCUCAAAAUUAUCGACUGGGCCUCACACUGCUUGCUGCCGUCAUUCCACAGUUUGCAGGACUUAGUCAUUACAACACAGCAGCUGCAUAUUCUACACUGUCCUUAUUUUGUGGUUGGCCAGACAGAUGCGAUGGCUAACUGCAUCCUCUCCUCGUGCACGACGUUGACUGUUCCAGCAAAUGACAUAUUUUCUCAUAUGUCUUCAACUCAGUUACCUGCACUUCGGGAACUAGUCUUCCGCUCUUUUUCCGUGGAGUCCGACCCCCUUUUCAUUCCAUCUCUGGAGAGGCACGGGGGCAAGCUGCGUUCAGUCCAUUUGCAUUGGGCUGGAUAUCUCAGCCAGAUAAACCCACUACUCGCAAUGCAUUGCCCACAUCUUCGCCGCCUUACGAUCACCUUAGAUUCUUGGGAGUCGUUCGAUAUAGAGUCAAUCAAACCGCUUCCUGUCGAGUACCUGGGUCUACGCUAUCUUCAAGGCCAAUUAUCCAAAAGAAAUUACACAUUCGUGUUUUCCGUUCUCGCUCAUCUUAAAGACGCAAUGCCGACACUGCGCACCAUUCGAUUCACAGGCUCUUCGAAUGUAAACGACUUGUUGAAGAAUCAUCACAAAACCCUCAUUCGCGCCUUGGAGUUAUUUGAUGGGAGCAAGCUCCGCCUGGAAGAUCACGAGGGACGACUUUUGUCAGAUCGAGUUGUGCCGUUGGAUGCAACCUCGUGAAAUGAUACCCGGGCUAUAAAGUCGUUCCCUUUCGUACCACACUAGUUGCGCGGCGACAGGCUUGUCGCUCAUUUCGGCAUUAUCCUGUGUUGGUUGUACUACAUGACCUCUGGGUAAUGACGGCGGUCCUCUAGUGCCAGCACUUGGCCACCAGUCAUUGCCAAGGUAUGCGAAUUACUCUAUCGAUGGUAAGUUGCCCAGAUCCUGCUCAUUGUCAAUGCCGUAUUACCAUACGUAGGGCAAAGAUCGCUACCUCUAUGAUAUGAAGUUGUUACCUGUACUUGACUCGAUCGUGAUGCAUAGCUUUAUUUUCAUUAUCGUAGGCUUCCACAUGCACUUCUGCUUUUCGUUAGUCAUUCUGUGUUUAGUAUAUACGCUAGAGCAUCUCGGAACAGAACCGUCAACAGUCAAACAUUAUUGUUUGGGUGUGGCUUGCCGA